AUGGCUUAUGACCCUGUCCUCUCCAGGGACAUUUGUGUUGCAACCAAUGAUACAAACAUGGUGGUAAAGUUUAAUGGAAAAUUUUGCAAAGAUCCAGAGAAAGUGACAGCAGACGAUUUCUUUAUUACAGGGCUUAACGUUCGUAAACAAACCUCAAAACAAUUAGGAGUACGUCUCACUCUCUCAACCGUAGAUCAAGUUCCAGGACUCAACACUAAUGCCUUAUCCAUAGUCCGCAUUGAUUUUGCACCAAGUGGCAGUCUAAACCCACCCCAUAUUCACCCUCGAGCUGCAGAAAUACUGACUGUCUUAGAAGGAACUCUUUAUGCGGGUUUUAUUACAGGAAAUCCUGAUCACCGCAUUUUCGCCAAAAUCUUAAAGCCAGGAGAUGUCGCUCUAGCUGUAUUGAAUAGCCAAAACCCAGGAGUUGUUACUAUUGCAAAUACAAUAUUUGGAGCUACCCCAUCAGUAAAUCCUGAUGUUUUGUCAAGAGCAUUCCAUCUUGAUAAGGAUUUAGUGACUAAACUUCAAAAAGAAGAAUGGGUUGAUCCAGAUCAGCUUUAUUAA